AUGGAGGAGGAAUGGGUUCUGCUGGAUCCCAGCCAAAGAAAGCUCUACUGGAAAGUGAUGGAGGAAAAUUACAAGACCGUGGGCUCCGUGGUUCCAGAUAUGAGGGAGAUGGUGAGAGAAAAGGAAUCAGCAAGGACGGUUGUGGAAAAUAAUGAAGAUAAAUGCUUGGAAUGUGGAAAGUGCUUCUCUUACAAUGGCAGCCUAACGAUGCAUCAAAGGGUUCACACAGGAGAAAGACCAUAUAAAUGCCUGGAGUGUGGAAAGUUCUCUCAGAAUGGCAACUUAACUAAGCAUCAAAAGGUUCACACAGGGGAGAAGCCAUAUAAAUGCCUGGAGUGUGGAAAGUGCUUCUCUUCCAGUAGCCACCUGACUGUACAUCAGAAGGUUCACACAGGGGAGAAGCCAUAUAAAUGCCUGGAGUGUGGAAAGUGCUUCUCUUGCAAUAGUGUCCUAACUUCACAUCAGAAGGUUCACACAGGGGAGAAGCCAUAUGAAUGCCUGGAGUGUGGAAAGUGCUUUUCUUUGAAUGGUAACCUAACUAAACAUCAAAAGGUUCACACAGGGGAAAAGCCAUAUGAAUGCCUGGAGUGUGGAAAGUGUUUCUCUUGCAAUAGUAUGCUAACCAGACAUCAAAAGGUUCACAGAGGAGAGAAGCCAUAUGAAUGCUUGGAAUGUGGAAAGCGCUUUUCUCUAAAUGGCUACCUGACUGUACAUCAAAAGGUUCACACAGGGGAGAAGCCAUAUAAAUGGGAGAAGCCAUAUAAAUGCCUGGAGUGUGGAAAGUGCUUCUCUUCCAGUAGCCAACUGACUGUACAUCAAAAGAUUCACACAGGGGAGAAGCCAUAUAAAUGCAUGGAGUGUGGAAAGUGCUUCUCUAGCAAUAGCGGCAUAAGUUCACAUCAAAGGAUUCACACAGGGGAGAAGCCAUAUCAAUGCCUGGAGUGUGUAAAGUGCUUCUCUCAGAAUUCCCAGCUAACUACACAUCAAAGGGUUCACACAGGGGAGAAGCCAUAUAAAUGCAUGGAGUGUGGAAGGUGCUUCCCUUACAAUAGCGGCCUAACUCAACAUCAAAGGGUUCACACAGGGGAGAAGCCAUAUAAAUGCAUGGAGUGUGGAAAGUGCUUCUCUUGCAAGGGCACCCUAACUACGCAUCAAAAGGUUCACACAGGGGAGAAGCCAUAUAAAUGCCUGGAGUGUGGAAAGUGCUUCUCUGAGAAUGGCAGCCUAACUAGACAUCAAAAGGUUCACACAGGGGAGAAGCCAUAUAAAUGCCUGGAGUGUGGACAGUGCUUCUAUUCCAGUAGCCACCUGACUGGUAGGAUAUCCUUUGAAGAAGUGGCUGUGUAUUUCACCCAGGAGGAGUGGACCCUGCUGCACCCAGCCCAAAAAGCUAUGUACAAGGAAGUCAUGCUGGAAAAUUUUGGGAAUGUGGUUUCUCUGGGUGAGGAUCAUUUUUUCUUUGGCUAUCUCCAAAGAAGAGCGACCAUGGCUAUUGCACAGUUCACUGUAAGGAAGGCUGGAGCCAACUACAUUUCUAUAGAACUAAAGUACUCUGUGCUUGUGAAGUGA